AACCCCCUAAGUCCACACACACUGUUUAUAUGCGCACAUUUCUACACCUCGUAUAUAAGCAGAGUCAUACAUCAACACAAGACCCGCACUUCCCCAUAGAUAAACCUAUAAAUAGCCUCGGCCGUCCCUGAAAUCUAUACAAAACCCACAACCACCAUCACGUACACUUAACAUAUCUCCAGCCAUCUCGAUACCAAAAAUCAAAGAACCCCAAAACAACACCACACAAUGAACCCCAACCAAGCCCCCAACGACAACCUCCAAGAAAUCCUCGCAACAGACAUACGAACCGAAAUCCCCUCCGAAACAGUCACCGCCAUAACAUCGCAACCCCCGUUCAUCACCAUCCCGGGACUCUUCAACAUCCGCAACCUCCGCAGCGACAAUCUCCGCGCGGGGUACGCCUACCGCUCGGGCGCGCUAUCCAGACUAUCAGACGAAGGCAAAACAGCCCUCCGCGAUGUCGGGAUAACCACCAUCUUCGACCUGCGCAGACCUGAUGAACGGACUAAAUCGCCCACUCCUGUCAUCGAGGGCGUCGAGGCCGUCUGGGAGCGGUAUGCCCGCGAGCCAGGCCCGCCGAAUCCGCUAGACUUCAAAGAAGAGGACCAGGGCGUCUCCGGGUUUAUAAACAUGUUUGUGAGUAUCAUGGAGAUCACGACGCCGAUUUAUAGAAAGGUCUUUCUGCAUAUCCGGGAUCGGCCACAGGAGCCGUUUCUUUUUCAUUGCACUGCCGGUAAAGACCGUACCGGCGUCCUCGCGGCUUUGAUCCUCUUGCUGGCCGAUACGCCGUCCGACGCUAUUGUCCAUGACUUCGCCCUGAGCCGCGUCGGAAUCGAGCCCGCUCGAAAGAUGCUGAUAGCGGCCUUUCCCACCAUCUCCGGCACUGUGACCCCAGAGAGUGCCGGGUGGCUGCAGCUGGUGAGCGUGCGGGCUCCUGCGAUGGCUGCGUUCUUAGAUACGGUUGAGCAGUCCUUCGGGGGCGUGAAGGGGUAUUUGACGGGCGUGCUGGGGUUUUCAGACGAGGAUGUGGAGAUUAUGCGGGCAAACUUGAAGGGGAAUUAACAAGUGCUCUACUUCCAGUAGAUACUAGUACAUGAUACCUAAGAGAUACCAAUUGGAUAGACGGGGGAAGGGCUAACCAUGGAGGCUUUAUCCGAACAAGUCAACCACUAACCUAUUCAGUCAAUAACUCUCCAAUCAGAUAUCCU